UAUUGCUUUGUCAAGUUUUUCCUCUCUCACCAUUCUCACGUUUAUAAGCGAUAUAUUGAAACUUGGUACACGCCUCUAUCUUUGCUUUGUCACCCCUUCGUCUUUGUUUUUUCUUUGGUUUGUACUCCAUAUUGGGAGGUUUAAAGGCCACAGUUGAAGAUGGCACUAAGAACGACCAGCACCAUGAAUAUGGGUCUGGGGAAGGGAAUGAGGGUGCGUCCUCAUUUUCCACGAAUGCAUACUCUCAAAAGGCUGAGUAGAAGCCGUUACCCGCACGAUGCUCGGAGUGUUGAUAUGAAAUCUGACGAGGAUAUUGUGGACAUGGACGAUGUCAUCACCAUCAACGUCAGUGGCCUCAAAUUUCAGACCAGGAAAUCAACCCUAAAUCGUUUCCCUACCACCCUCCUGGGAUCAACCGACAGGGAAAAACAUUAUAACAGUUCAACUAAAGAGUAUUUCUUUGACCGUCACAGAGAAUCGUUUGAGACAAUCUUGUAUUUUUAUCAAUCGGACGGACUGCUUUGCUUGCCAGCCACGUUGAACGCAGAUAUUUUUAUGGAGGAAGUCAGGUUCUUCAGACUAGGUGAGCACAUUCUAGAAAAGCUAAGUCCUGAUGUGAGUAACACUAAACAGAUCGUCCUACCUGACCAUCCUAUGCAGAAGAGAGUUUGGCAGGUAUUUGAGGAUCCACAAUCCGGUAUCUUCGCAAAAUGUGUGGCCUAUAUUGACAUCACCAUGAUCAUGAUUGCCAUAACGUCUGUUUGUGUAGAAACCUUGCCCAUCUUCCGUCAUGAAGACGACUCAGCGGAACUUAAAGCCAGGAGGAUACCCCAUCUCGACCAGAAAAUAUUCUUCGGCAUAGAAGUCGUCUGUAUCAUUUGGUUUACGAUAGAGCUUCUAGCCAGAUUCGCUUGUUGUCCCAACAAGAAACAAUUCUGGAAAUCCAUCAUCAACUGGAUAGAUCUCGCUGCUAUUCUUCCCUUCUACAUCGGUCUGAUGGUCCCUCGAGACCAACAGGACCUCCAAUCCUUGGUCUUCAUCCGUAUGAUUAGAUUUACCAGAAUCUUCAGGAUUUUUAAGAUGUCUCGACAUUUUGCAGGACUCCUUGCGUUGGCUUAUGCGCUGCGAGCGGGUAGUCGAGAGUUAGCCCUUCUAUUUCUCCUCCUCUCGAUAUGUGUGGUUCUGUUCAGUAGCAUGGUUUACUUCGCUGACCUUCACCAACCAGGCUCCCAGUUUAGUUCGAUAAUAGAAGCGUUUUGGUGGAGUAUAGUGACAAUGAGUACUGUGGGGUAUGGGGAUUAUGUACCGGUAUCGACUUUGGGGAAAAUAGUGGGGGUAUUUUGUGCUCUGAUGGGAAUCUUGGUCAUUGCACUACCGUUUCCUAUCAUUGUAUCAAGGUUUAAUUACUAUUACGAACUUGAAAAGUCGGGUAAAUCCUUGGAAGAGGGCGAAUUCGAGGAGGAAUACGCCAAACCUAUGUUCAUGGGAGUGAUAUAUGCUUUCAAGCGAUCUAAGGGAGACCUCCAGAACAAUAGAAUUAGCGAGGAGGAGUCUCCAAAAGUGGAGGAGAAGUUUACCCACGGGUACUCAGCUAUACCAAACUCAAACGAUAGAAACAACGACAACCAUAUAGCAUCUCAGUUGUGAGCAGCUCAGUUACAGUUUUAAAGUGAGGGAGAGGACGUAAGAGCCAAGUUUUUACUGUUAGUACCACUGCUAUUACCAGCUUCAAUUUCGUGAGAAGAAACGAGCAUAUUAAAUAUUAAUAUGUUGCACUUAGGCAGCGCGGCAUACAGAUGGUGUUUUUGACACAAUACGCCUCCCGACUCUUAGCCCUUUGAAACCACGAAUAAACUGUCAUAUUAAACUGUCAUCACUUUACUGUUCAGAUCUGGGUGAAAUGUCGGGUGGUGUAAUGUCAAGGGUACAAAUCGUAUUUUUGUGGUAUAUCCUAUUAUUUGUACUAGAUUACUUGCUGUAUCAAUUAAUUACAGUCUAGACAGAAAACCUUUAUUUGCAAUUACGGUUUUUAUCUUCAUUCGGUGGCCUUAUCUUGUAUCACGAAUUGUAAACGCAUGUGUUCAAUUUAGCAUCAUGUGAAAUAUAUUUGAAGGAAUGUAAAAGCUGACUUUUAGCUAAUAAUCAUCUAGCAAAUGUAUAAAAGUCUUUAAUUUUAGCUACUCUGCGGCUCGAAAUAGAUGGGGAAGGUCCCUAUUUUUAUUUGAAAUCUUCAUUUGAUGUAUAUUUAGGACCGCAGAGUAGUUUGUUUUAAACCUAUGUCUUAUGAUGUACCAAAUUGAAAUUAAAGCUGAAAAUGCUGAGCUGCAAAUGAUCAGUUUAUAAAUGAUCAGUGAAUAAAUGGUUGAAGAUGGGACAUAGUCAGGAGAAUUUCUGAAGAAUAUUUUGAUCAGCAAUUAUCAUAUAUCUCAUGGGAUUAAAUGAUCAAAUUUCGUUAUCUUAGGCAAACCAACCUGUGUAUAUUUUAUUGAAUAGUCAAAUCAUACAAAUUUAACGUAUU